AGUUCAAUGCAAAACCUGACGAAAAACGGUUCAAAGAAGCUGCUGCAGGGGUAGAAAUAUAAAAUUAUCCUUUCACAGGACAUGCAAGGCGAUUGCUAGUAUAAUAAAUAUUGUUAGUCCUUGAGUUACUCGUUUCGAAUAUAAUAAUUAGUGAUUUCAAUACUCGGAGACCUAGUUUACAUAAUUCUUUCAACCAUGAGUGAGAAGAAACCCAGUGAAAUCUCAGUGAUCCAGCACAUUGAAGCGGCUCUGUAUGUCCUCAACCAAUUGUGCAUUGGCUUCGUGACCAUUUGGGUCAGUUGGAUGUGUUUGCGCAAGGACCUGACUGGCAUAUACCUGCAUGUGUGGCUGGUUACCUUUGGAUUUAUCUUCCUGAUGGCCGAAGGCAUGAUGUGCUUCUACGACGAAAGCUGGCUAACGCUGCGCUACACCCGCAAAUACAAAACGGCCGCCCAUGUCGUCCUGCAAGUGAUCGGUGGCGGGAUGGGCGUAGCCGGUUGUCUCAUCCAACUGAUUCGAGACAAAUGGACAAUUGGUGUUACCACACAUGCCAGCCUGGGCUUUGCUGCCUUCAUCCUGUGCUUGAUCUCACUGCUGAGUGGACUGGCUGCCGUCCUGGCCCGAGCCAUGAGCAGGGCGGUGUCGCCACUGAUCAACAAGACUUUCCAUGUCGUGCUGGGCUUUGCUGCCUAUGUGAUUGCCAUGAUGGCCCAAUACUACGGCUAUGCACAGACCAGCAUUUUCAAAGGACAGGGAGCGGACUUUGUUAUCCUCAUGCGAGUGGCCACACUGGUAUCCAUGGUCCUGACCACCAUAGGAGCCAUCAAAUCGUUGUACCAAAAAGUAGUCAGUUUGACGAGUUAAAGACUAUGCUUUUCCAAAGUUCUGUGUUUAAAUGUUCCUUGUUCUUCCGUAUUUAAUAUUUAUAUACUUUAGGUUAAGAAAUAUAUGACUGAAAACGAA